AUGAUCAGAGGCGUCCCGCUCAGUGAGUGUCCUCUGACCUCCUGUGUACAGUACACAAAUCACCACACGCACAGCAACCGCGACCGGACCCACCACGGCAGAACUGCACCGAAUACUCUCACCGUACGGGACAGGACCGAGGAUCUCACUCUGAUCUGUCACCGAGCUCCGGGAGGUGAGACGUCUGCGGAUCAUAAUGAGGAUGAUGAAGAUGGAUCAGAGACCUCCACAUCUCCGCACUCUCACGCUCCAUCCUCCCCCACAGCACUCAAGGUCAGACUCUCCUCCUCAAUCAAUCUUACUCUGCUCCUGUCACGAACUCCCCCGUACUGUCCUCGCCCACGAUCCUUCUCUGCUUCAGUCUUCUCUCUCCGCCAUCGUCCCCCCCCCCCACCGGGGCCGGGGCGUCGGGGGCCUCCUCGAGAUUUCCCGCUCCAGUCGGAAGGGGGUGGUGGGGGGGGGGGGGGCGGGGAGGACGGGGGCGCGCUAGAUCCAAUCCGGCUCCAUCCUCGACCCUCCGCUCCUCGUCACCGAUCGCCUCUGCCUCAACGUCCCCAGCUCAUCCUCCUCCCACUCGAACGCUCUCCUCAUUCGUCCUCUCACCACGCUCACAUUACCCCUCAGACACAUCCAUCACUCCUCCCCAUCUGGGGGGGGGGGGGGGGGGCGCCUCAACUCUACCCUCCUGCCCGAGCCUCUCCGCUCCCUCCGCCCGUCCUCCCUCUCUGUGCUCAGUCCCGACCAACAAACCUCCUCACCUUACUCAUCUACACACGAUCCACCAUCCCUAUCGCUCCACCACCUUCUCACUGGAUCUUCUCGCCUAUCUCCGGGCAACUCCGAUCUGGGCAUCAUCUCUCCUCGGCCCAAUCCUCUCCCAUUCCGUCCCUCCACCCACUCGCCGCGAGACUCUCCUCGUUGUCUCACCUCUCGCCUCUCACCCUGCGGUCCCUGUCUCUUCCGACAAUCCUCUCUCUCUACGCGAAUCCCAUUCUCCUCCGCUCAUCUCCUCUCCCUCCAUCGGCACUCCGCACGUCACUCCAGGCAAUCACCCCAGGCAACCCUCCGAAUCCUCGAUGGUCCUCCUCGGAACUCCCACCGCAAAUCGAAGAAGAUAGAACUGUACUCAGAAUAAAAAAACGGAAUCUCCUGCUCCGACCGGCGGACUCCUCUCCCUCCGUCCGUCGUUCAAAACUCUCGCACCAGGAGCAUCCCUCACAGCCCUCACAUACCCUCCGUCAUCUCUUCCGGCGAACUCUCAUCGCCCGCGGCUACCUCAUCUCAACUCCACACCCCAAUCACGGCUCUCCUCUCUCCCUCCGAUACCUAUUUGCUUGUCGCCCUCGAGUCCCUGCUCUCUCUCUCAUCUCUCUCUCUCCUCGCACCGCUCUGUCGUGUUCCUCACCUCCAGACAUCUCUACGCCCCCCCCGAUCGCUCCUUCGGUCCCCAUCCCCAUCCACGUCACUCAUACUCGCCCCCGUUCCCACCGUCUCCGCUCAGCCAUCUCCCACGGACCACGUCUCAUCAAGACAAAACGAAUAUAUAUACCACUCCGCCCUCUCGCCCUCCGGCGUUCCCCUCGAUCCAGGCGGGCAAUCGAUCAUCGUACUCGCACUCUCGCCGCAGCUCCUCGCGUCCGUCCCCUCAUCUCUCCUCAUCUCACCGUCAUGAUCUCCGUCGCCCUCACCCUCCCAAGCCACACGACUCCAUCGGCUCUCCUCCCACGAACUCUCCUCAUCGUCAGUACCGCAACGUUGCUCUAUCCUACUGUAGACCCCCUCGCGCUCGGCCCCCGGAUCUCGCCAACCACUCCCUGCUCGUCCUCAUCCUCCCAACUCAACGCCUCCCACUCCCCUCGCAUCUCCUUCUUUCCAGCCAACUUCUCCUCGUCUCCAAGCUUCUACCCCUCGCCUCACAGUCGAUCUCCGUCUCGUAACAUCCCGUUCCUCCUCUCCUCUCAAUCUCCAACACACUCUCGCGCUCUCCCCAGAUCCCGCGGGCGUCGGGUCCGAUGUAUCGUCGCUCAUCCUCUCUCUUCACCUCGCAUCUCUCAUAUCUUCACAACUCUCCUCUCAUCGUCGCUCAGACAGAUCAUAAUCUGCUCGUUCCUCCUCCCUCCUCCGAACUCGUCUCUCGAGGCCCAUCUCUCUCCUCCUCACACACUCUACACCUCUCCCCCUCUCUCAAAUGUCUCUCUCCUCGACGGACUCUGCGCAAUCUCAUGCUCCCUCUCCCCUACUCACCUCGCGGCAUCUCGCUCUCCCCUCUCCACUACUACUCUCCCUCCCCUACUAUCCUCGUCCCCUCUCCUCUCCCCUCAAGCAUCAGCCAUCCGUUCGUCCGGCUCGCCCCUCUCCUCCUCACUCUCCACUACCCCUCCCAACUCCUCUCCUCGACUCCACUCAUCGUCUCCCUCCCCUCGCUCCCUCUCGCCAUCUCCUCUUCGAGGGAUCUCUCAUCCCGUAUCUCCGCUCAACGUGGGGCCACUUCUACGGGGCUCCUCCGUCUCUCGAAUCAUCACACCCGCUCUCUCCACCCUCUCAUUCAUCACUCCCCACCUCCCUCUCUCACCAUCCCCCUCGGGGCAUCCUCUCUCGGCCUCUCUCCUCCUCCUCCCUCCCGUCCACAAAGCAUCCAGGACUCUCUCCUCUCUCGCUCUCUCUCUCUCCUCGUCUCUCGGUUCCCUCUCUCCGCCCGCGUCCACCUCUCGCUCCCCCUCCAUCCCAGACACCUUCCUCCCAUCCGCUCCAUCCUCCUGUCUCUCGUCUUCCGCAACUCUCGCUCAUCACUCUCGGAUGUUCUCUCUCUCUCUCACUCAGGCCUGGUCCAGCAGCAAGGUCCAGACUCAGGCCUGGUCCAGCAGCAAGGUCCAGACUCAGGCCUGGUCCAGCAGCGAGGUCCAGACUCAGGCCUGGUCCAGCAGCAAGGUCCAGACACGGGCCUUGUCCACCUGUGAGGUCCAGACUCAGACUCAGGCCUGGUCCACCUGUGAGGUCCAGACUCAGACUCAGGCCUUGUCCACCUGUGAGGUCCAGACUCAGACUCAGGCCUGGUCCACCUGUGAGGUCCAGACUCAGAAAGUGGACUUGCCACAUUCUGAAAACUGGUAUGAGGAAUAUGAGAUUGCGGUGAGGUGUAUGCAAGUCAGAGAGGCCAAGUUUAACGCAGAGUUGGAGCUAGCAAGAGAAAAGUUAGCAAAGAAGGAGAAAGAGCAUCAGGAGGUUUGUGAGAAACUGAUGCAGCUGCAAAGUUUGAACCUCAGUCUGGAGAAAGAUCUGGAACAAGCCAACGACAACUCACGUAAACAUGAGUCUGAACGUCAGGAGGCUUGUGAGAAGUUGAAAGUGCUGCAACUCUCACACGAGAAAGAGCUUCAAGAAAACUUUGAGGAGCUCAGGGUUUUAAAGCAGUCUUUAGAAGAGCGGGACUCAGUCGGAAAAAGUUCAGAGAAACAGAUCAGUGAGAAUGAGAAUCAAAGCCAGAAGAUCGAGAUGCUGGAACGCCAACUUCAGGAGUUCGAAGAGUUGAGAGAGGAGUUGUCUUUGUCUGUUCGGCAGAAUCAAAAUCUGGAGAAAGAGCUGCAACUUUUACAGAUGAAAGUGGAAACGCAGUGUGAAGCCCAGGGUUCAGUUGGCACAAAAACACAGAGUUCAGCUCAGAAGAAGAUGGAGAUGCUUGAACGCCAACUGAAGGAGUUCGAGGACGUGAAAAAGGAGUAUAUUUGGUGUGUGGAGCAGAAUAUGAGUCUUGAGAAAGAUCUGGAACAAGCCAAAGAAACCUCACGGAAACAUGAGGCCGAACAUAAGGAGGCUUGUGAGAAAUUGAUGGAACUAAAAGUGUCACAGACGAAAGCGUUCGACGAUCACCUCGAGGAGUUGAGCGUUUUCAAGGAGGGCUUUAAAAAACAGGUGGAAGCUCGCAGACGUUUGGAGCAACAAGUAAGCGAGGUCGCACCCCAGGAGAAGCCGUCGGUGUGUGAAACGCAGACGCAAACGGUGGCUAGCGCGGAGAUGCUAACAGAUCCAAAAGCCGUGAAGGUUGAGACCUCUACCUCAGAUGUACCAACGCAGAAUCUGGAUCAAGCGACAAGGGCCUUAUUUGAGAAACCACAGACGAGUGCAGAGGAGUCCAGACCUCAGAGUCACAAGGAUGACUGCACAGAGCUCAAGGGAAAUGUGAAAAAUCUAACAGAAAUAUUUGAAAAUAAACUUGAGCAGGACACGCAGAAGCAGGGGCCCGAGCUGCAGAGAAACCGGGUCAAGGGGAAGAGCGUUUCGGCGCUGAUGAAAAAGUUUGAGUUUUAA